AUGAGUGAAUUACUUAAAACUCUAAUUUCAGAGUGCGAACUGGACGAAAUAUUUAUUGAAGAAUCUAAGAAAAAAUGGAUCGGAAGGGGUGGAUUCGGUUACGUAUAUAAAUGUGAUAUUGGCGAACAUUGGAACGUAGUAGCAUUAAAAGAACUACGAAUAGAUGGCACAUCCACGACCAUACGGGACAUCCUUAAUGAGUUAAAAUUGCACAGUAGAGCUAAAAAUAAUAGGAUUGUUGAAUUAUUUGGAAUUAGUCGUAGCAAUUAUGAUGAAGAUCUCUGUUAUCUUGUGAUGGAGCUGGCUGAUUGCGAUCUAAGAGAAUAUCUACGUAAUAAAAAAGAUGAACUUCGAUGGGAAGAGAAAAUAAAGCUUGCAAUUCAAAUAACAGAGGGAAUCUCUUAUAUUCAUAAUGAAAUGAAAGUAGCACACCGUGAUUUGCAUACGAAAAACAUUUUAGUCAAAUGCGGAAAUAUAAAAAUAGCCGAUUUUGGACUUUCAAAAAAUCUCAAUAGUAUUACUUCAAGUAAAGGGAGUAUAAUUGGUGUCAUGCCUUACAUAGAUCCCAAGAAAUUAGAAAAUAACCAUUAUACAUUAAAUCCAAAAUCUGAUAUUUACAGCCUUGGUGUAAUAUUUUGGGAAAUUUCUAGCUGCUACCCUCCAUUCGAUAAAAGUGAUCUAGCUCUAAUUUAUUCCCGUAUAAUUAAAAAUGAGCGUGAGAACCCAAUUAUUGGAACCCCAUUACCUUUCGUUCGGCUUUACUCUAAAUGCUGGGAUGCAGACCCUUUUCUUCGUCCAACUGCAGAUGAAACGCUCAGUCAAUUGCAAUCCUUAUCUUUCGAGCAAGUCUAUGAUGGUUCUAAUUAUAUCAAUAAUUAUAUAAACGGUCUAGAUUCAACUAGUACCGAUUUUUCUGCAGAUGUUGUCAGUUGCUCCUUAAGUGUUUCAAAUCUUCCAUUCAGCAACAUCGACAAUCAUAUAAAAGUGAUGAAAGUUAUAGUAAAUGGAAAACGUCCCAAGCCGUUUUCAGAGGAUACCCCAGAAAAAUAUAAAAUAUUAGUCAAAGAAGCAUGGCACAAUGAUCCUGGUAAACGUCCAACAAUCGAGGAAAUACAAAAGAAACUUGAAGAUAUUAAAACGGAGGUGAAUCCAAACCGGCCAUCACUUGAGAUUAAUGAAGUGAUAUCUCUACAUGAUGAAGGACGAUACGAGGAGGCAUUCCCUCAAUUCCUGCAGCAUGCGGAAAACCGAGCUUUACAUUUUCUCAAAAAAUCGGCUGAUUCCAAUAACGUAAUAGGCCAGUACAUGUUUGCUUAUGCUUGUCUUAAAGGAUCUUAUUAUGAUAAAAAUGUAGGGUUAAAGUAUCUCAAGAAGGCUGCACUUCAAGGAAAAUUCCCCGAUGCUUUAUACAUGGUUUCUCAGAUCUUUCUGAAUGGGGAAUAUGGCUAUCCGGUCGACAGUAACAAAUACAUGGAAUAUUUGUCCAAGGCAGCGACAGCGGGAUCGAAGGAAGCGCAACAUGAGCUUGAUGUGAUAAAUUAG